AUGUCACUUGUACAUGGUUCCAUCGACUGCAGAGCCCAAGGCUCUCUUCUUCUGUGCCUCGGCGCGCACGACACACAGUCAUAUAGACAAGGGAGAGAUAUAGAUAGAGAGAUAUACGUUGUAUCAACUAGUCGGUACCUUACUUACCAAGCCGAGCUAACCCAGCGAGCCCCAUCCCGCGCCCCACUUGCUCUCUGGGCGGAACGCCCUACACCACCCAAUCCAAUUCAUGCCACUCUAGACCGUCAUACCCUUUCCAAACCCUACCCCUACCCAAACCCUACCAUCAUCUCGGAUUUCACGGUGGCCACGAUACUGCCGACAUCGACAUCGACAUCGACAACAACAACAACAACAAGAACAACAACAACCACCUCCCAUCUCAACAUCUCAACUGUAAUCGGCCUCUCUACCUGCACCUUCGUCUCCAGCCUCUCUUCGCUCCUUUCUGUCCACCGCCCGGCCACCCGCCCCGCCCCUUCCGCGCCCCUUGUACGACAAAACAAACCCGACCCUGGAAACCCAUUUUCGCCCUCCGUCCUGCGCUCUCUGCCAGCCAUUGUUUCACGCUCGUUGCAGAACCACCACCCCCCCUUCCAAACCAAACAACCUCGAUCCCUUCCUCAGCAACUUCACGACCCCAUCAACACCAAACGCGCCCUUCCUAGCAAAUUCCCAUCGAAUAAACUUCUGCCAUCUUCCAUGAAUAGAGGUAGAGGCGAUUCCCAGGACGCGCUCACCUACACCGGCGGUUGCUACUCCAGAGACGGCUUGACUCCCCCCAUCGCAGCCGUAGGGCCUCGCAAGAGAAAGAUGUACAGACCAAAUACCACUUGGACCUGGGCGUUCAUGAUCGCGGCCAUCAUCCAAGCCGUGAUCGUGCUCGCGAUCGAGGCGUAUGUAACUAUCAUAUGCACCCCCAGGCUUGCCCCAGGACUAAAUCAAGCGUACAGAUACCUCUUUGCCAAAUUACAAUUGAGCAUCCAGCCCGGCCACCAAAAACAACCCCUCGCCAAAACCAUCCCUACAUACCUCACCCUCUUCAUCUUCGGAUUCCUCUACCAACUGCUACUCGUCUACGAUUCGUUGCGCCUCAAGAACACCAUUCAGGUCAUCGGACUGUGCAUAUACAAUGCCGGUAUGCUCAUCUACGGUUCGAUCCAGUACGAUCAAAUCAAGACCUCCAUCGACAGGCUGGGUAACAAGCAGUGGCUGGAUCCCGAGAGAGGGGAUCUCUGGCACGAUAUCAAACCCUUCCUGAUCACGGUCCCAUGCGUCAUUGCCUUCUUCACGAUCGUAAUAUCGGUGAUUGCGUGGAAGCUGUACGACGAGUUUGCCUGGACCAUCUACAAGCACAUCAGUGCAGAUCUGAGGAUGAAGCGCCGGUUUCUGACCUUCCAGAUCUACAUCGCCUUGCUCAAAUUCGACUUCUUCUUUUUUCUCGGCUUCACGGUCCAGUUCCUGGUCGUGGUGACCGGCUUAGCCGAUGUGGAAUUCGGCCUCACCAUCGCCGCCAUUCCCGUGACCAUCGGCAUCCUCUUCAUGGCCGCCUGGUUUACUCGACGCGAAAACAAGAUCGGGAUGGUCUGCAUCCUCCUCCUCUACUUCUGUGGCCUGGCCUACUUUAUCUUCAAGCUGACCCGGAUGUACCAACCUUCGCGCGAAGUCAACUACCUACCAGUCCGAAAGUCGUUGACGAGUUUCGCGGUCCUGACCAUCAUACUGAUCAUCCUCACCAUCGCCAACGCGUGCGUAUGCAUGGCCAAUUUCGACAAGGGGCUGAGACCACACAUCAUGAGGCGUGAGAUUGGUGGCGAGGAGGUAGAGAAGAUGGAGCAUAUGACCGAGCUUCCAGACCUCAAGCACGGCCAGCCGCUGCCUAUAUCGAGCCGGAUGACCAUCGACUGA